ACUAAAGACGCUUUGCUGAUGAUAUCAGUUACAUUUUGUGUCGGCCAUUUUAGGUGCACCGGUGACAUUCUUCGAUGACAAACCAGGCAGUGCAGCAUAAUAUAAAUGUUAUUCGAAAGUGAAGAGAAAAUAACUUGUAACGUUUAAUGUUUUUGGAAAAAAGAAUUCAUAAUUACAAACAGCUAGUUGGCUCAUUAAAUCGCAUUAGAUAGCCGGUGAUUUGUCGUACUUUCGACCUCGCUGCGCGUGACUGGACUACAAUCUUCUGGGCGUUUCCAUGGUGACAUCAGCAGGCUGCCGUGAGCUGACACGUACGGUUUUGUUUUAGAAAAAAACUUAACUGUAAAGCAGAGAAAAGGAAACAGCUCGUAACAGAGAGGUUUCGGAAUAGCACAUUGCAUGCUGUGUUGCCUUGUUGUAGGCAGCGAGAAAAGUACUGGGGUGCUGUGUCUGAGUGUGAAGAAAGAAGACAGCGUUUCAUCAGAAGUCUCAUCAGAUCUCAGUCCCUGAUUUCACCAUGAACGUGUUUGACCGCAGCAUCAACAUUGAUGCCCUCUUCAAGUUCUCCCAAAUAUCUCAUUCCACCCAGGUGCACUUGAAGAAUGUGUACUCAAGCUUGGCAGUUUGUAUGUUUGUGGCCGCUGCCGGCUCCUAUGUCCAUGUCGUCACACGCCUCUUUCAGGGUGGUGUGCUGUCUGUGCUUGGAUCCCUGGGGUUGAUGUUCUGGCUUGCCAUGACCCCCCACAACCCUGAGACAGAGAAGAAGAGACUGGCUAUCCUCGCAGGAUUUGCCUUCCUCACAGGUGUUGGCCUUGGACCCACACUGGACUUUGUCAUCUCUGUCAAUCCGAGUAUCAUUGUGACUGCCUUCAUGGGAACCUCUGUGAUUUUCAUCUGCUUCACUCUCAGCGCCCUCUACGCCAAACGCAGGACCUACCUGUUCCUUGGAGGCACACUCAUGUCCGGCCUUUCCCUCCUGUUCCUGAUGUCUCUGAUGAACAUGUUCUUUGGAUCUAUGGUUCUGUUUAAGGCACACAUGUACCUGGGGCUGCUCAUCAUGUGCGGCUUUGUCCUGUUUGACACUCAGCUCAUCAUCGAGAAAGCAGAAAACGGGGACAAGGACUACGUCUGGCACUGUGUGGACUUGUUUCUUGAUUUCAUCACCAUCUUCAGGAAACUGAUGGUCAUCCUUGCCAUGAACGAUAAGGAGAAGAAGAAGGAGAAGAAGUAAAGAGUCUUUGAGUAGCAGGAAUAAAAAACAAUCAGAAAAGGCACAAUUUGCAACGCACUUGGUGCUUUUCACUUUCUGUCUUCAUUUUGAAAUUUAACUCCUAUGUGGUCUUACAUUGUUGAAAAUUCUUUGAUUUAUCAUAUACUUUUUUUCUAAACUUACAAGGGUUGAAUGUAAGUUUAUGGUAUGGUAUGCUCGUCCCAUCCUGGCUGUGAAUGAAUACUUUAACGCUGCAGUGAUAACGCUUGGCCUGUAGAGGGGAGCGUUGCCCUAUGAUUGCUCCCAGAAGCUGAGCGGCACCUAAUGAGGAUUUUUUCAUAUUUACUUGUUCUUUAGUGCCAUAAAUUAACAUGAUAGGCUCCUUUUUAUAGUGGGUCACGUGAGCUUCUGAAACUGAUAAUUGUAAUAUUUUAUGUAAUUUCAUUAUUUAUAGUUUUCCUUGGAUUUCUUAAGUGAAAUGUUGCCACAUAUGGUCCCAUGGUUUUUGACAGCAGCUCCUCCUUUUCAGAAAUUUUCCUCUGAUUUGUUUUGCUCCCACGUUUUUUGGUUUUGGGUAAGAGUGAAGAGUGCUAACACUGAUUAAAACCCCAGAAGCCUGUCAGACUUGUUAUGAUCUACACUGAACUCAUUCAGAGGGACUUUCAGCCACUUGCUGGUUUGGAUUUUGGAUUUUGGCCUCAUUGAGGAGGAAGAAUUGCUGCCAUCUGUCCUUUUCUCUUUCAUUUUGUUCCUUCAACUUGGAUUGACGGGCGAAUGAUUCAGACCGCUCCCCUUGUAAAUCUGUUGUCUAGACAAUAGUUUGCCAGAUGAUGAUGUUAACCUGAAAAUUUGGCAUCUGUAUAAUUCCUUUUUUUCCUCUUUUUGCCUUUUUUUCUUUUCUUUUCAAAGUGUAUACUGUGAAAAUUUUAUUUUGUUGAUGUAAAACUGAAACUAAUAAUUUGAUACAUUUGCUCAAAUAAAUGUGUUGAACAUACUGA